UAAUUCGUGAUAUCGAGAUCGAUUUUCUCGUACGGGCCGUAAUGAAAGUAGCGGCUACGAACGUCCCGUGAUAUGUCUGUAUCAGUGAUUACCGCGUCAUUUCAGGCGGUUCGUACAAGACACCGGUCGCAGCAUAGCAAUGCCCCCCUCCCCCGAGUCUUCACCCACCCCAUCACCACCCUCAUCUACGGACACCACCCAAGAACCACCCGAUCGCCGACCUUCAACGACCGCGUCGACGACCUCUCUGCCUGUCGCCUUCUUCCUCUUCCCCGCCACCCAUUCUUUCUGGGGGCGAACCGUGAGACAGAUUGAACCGAACCAAAGAGGUGGCCCGACAGGGCUACCGUUAACAAGGGGAAAUGUCUGGACACAUUUCAUCCGAUCAUUCUCGCUCGGCCUCACGAUCAUCACAAACCCCUCGUCUAUCCCAGGGACAGGCUUUUGAGCCGAUGUCUCGCCAGUCCUUCGGGCGCAACUCACGCGUUCCUAAUCCCAAUGUCUUCUCCGACGAAUACUCAUUAGAACCAAUCGAUACCGACAACCAGAUCGAACGUGCUCCCUCUCCCGCCUCUGUCUCUUCCUCUACCACCCUUCGCUCUAUCCAUCACCCACAAAAAGCCGUCAGCCAGGCCACACCCGACAAUGAGAAUCCAUUUGGCGAUGACGCCCGAGUCUCCCUUGAGGAAGCACGUCGAUCAAGUCUUCCUCAGAAGGGAAUGGGCGGCUUCUCCACGAAUCGUGGCUCUGUAGCUUCGUUUAGCAACAGCCCCUUCGCCAUGCAGCGAAAUCAAAGCGUUUCGUCCCGUUUCUCGAUGCCGCGCGCCAUGAGUCCCUACACCGGAGCGACCGGACCGAGUCAUCCCUACGCAAUGUACCCUCAAGUUGGAGUAAGUCGCUCGCCAAGUGUCGUAAGCACCUCGACCAUUCGCCAGCACGAUCGCCCGUUGGGGGAAUCGAGUGGACCUCAACAUCCUUACGCUAUGUACCCGCAAAACGUUGUUGAAGAAGGAAUGGACGACGAUGCGAUACCGGUUGGAUUUCCGGGUCAUAACCCACCUUACCAACCACCUCCAGGCCGUCAGGAUAACGAUGUGGGUGAUAUCAUUGGAGCAGAUGGCCAUGCGGAGCCCUUACCACCCUAUUCACGCUACCCAACUGGGGAGGUCCCGAAACCCCCAGGCUUCGAGAUGAUGGCCGAUAUGAACGCCCACCCAGAGACGCAAGAACUCCAUUCAGUUGCUAGAGACCAACAUCAACCAAUUUCGGAAACGUCCACGCGGGCUCUGGUCCCUCUGUCUUCUGGAGGUACUACGGCUGUGGAUAUUGAUGACGGCGAUGCCUUCAGAGAGCGCAGGGUUCCCCUUACGGGCAUCAUGGCGUUUGAGGAGAAGCUCAAACAGAAGGGCAAAAAGACUGCAUGUUGCGGUCUGCCCGUUUGGACCAUUGUUCUUGUCGCUACCGUAAUGUUGAUCGGCGGAUCCAUUGGAGGCGCUAUUGGGGGUGUGAUUGGCGGUAAGAGGGCAGCCGAGCAUGAUCGACAAGCGGCAGCUCAGUCGAGCGGCCCCCACAUUGUGACUGUGACUGCGACGCCGCAAAUGGAUUACUCGACAAUGACCAGUACUCCAACGAAUCUCAAGUCGGUGCCUACGGGCCAUUAUCUUGUCCCGGCCCAGUUGCAAAACUCUUCGCGGAUGUGUGUCGAGGAUAGUCAAUUCAGACAUGCUUGGGGCUGCAUGGACAAUCCCACCAAUUUCGACGUCGUUGUUGGCGAGGAUCAUGGCCAUCACUCCAUCAUCUUCAGUAGCACUGGCCCUACUUCCACGUUUACAUACGGUGCUCAGCCUCCAAUUCUCCCCACCCCUACUCAAUCUCUGGGUUUCGCGAUCGACACUAGCGAUACCGGCAUGGGCCCGGCACUAUUUUUCUUUGCCAAAUUUGACAAGCUGGUGAUCGUUCCCGAAUCGCAAUUCGAGUCGUCGAGCUCUGUUUCAUCGCGGUCAUUCAUUGGAGAUGAUUCCUUCCUGGCGAAGCUUCAUCGCAUGCAAACAGCUCAACCCGGCGACAAGCCUUGGUUCUGCUAUUGGAACCAAACAAUGAUGGAGUUUUUCAUCUAUGUCAAUCAGACGAUAGCGGCGGACUCUAGCACCACCGCUUCAACUGAAACCGAUACGGCAGCCAGCACGGCCAGUGCCCAAGCCUAUAAACGCGGAGAUACUAUUUUUGACUAUCCACGAAAAAUCAAGAUCGAAGAACGACGCGACUUCGCCGGAGCUCAAGCACCUUACUGCCAGCAGAUGCAAGUCGGAUCUGAUGGCAAUAUCGUUGGACCUAUUCAAAGCCAGGUCAUCAACAUCAAGGAGCUGGAGCCCACACCAACAACCACCUACAUCAACACGAGUGGUGGCUCCCAGCAGACGUACACGGCAAAAGCACAGUAUGCAACACCGUGUUAUUGUCUUUCUACGACUGAUUAGUGUUAAUCUCUUCUCCUUGACGUUCGAGCGAGUUUGUCCAUUUUCAUCAUGGGUUUUCGGCCUGAAAACCUCCGGCGUUGGCGUUGAAUAGCCGUGGGAACUAUCUACUAGCAUCGGCUUAUGUGCACACGAUUGUCCUGUUCUAUCUCUUUUGUGUCAUUUUACUACCUCUUUACUUGAGCCCGUCCCUUUGAGCCCGACGGCUUCGCAAACGAUAUCUUGAAGUCUUUUUGAUCUCACCUUUCUUCAUCACGUCUUUGACAUUUACAUUACGUCCUUGGAUUCCGUCUAUUCGGUUUGUGACAUGAUACAAUCGUCCACCUUCAUGCGUACCUUCAUCUCUCUUCUUGGAUUAUAUAAUGUUUUUGUUCCCAUUUUGAUCGUUGCGUGAUAUUGGAUUACUUUUGGCGUCCAUCGGAUGUGAUGCAUGUGAUGCAAUUUGGGGUAUUCAGUCCUCUCUGCCUGCGAGUGCUGCCCCCCCCCGUUCUUUCCCCCCCCUGUUUCCUUUGGGGCCAACGGGAACCGAAUCUUUUCGUCCUGCUGGAGCAUCUAAUGAUAUGGUGGCGUUGCCACCACCGUUUCCUUUAGUUAUAUUACAAACUAUAGCGAAUUAAGGGACAUCUCUCGUAUCUGAAGUAAAAUAGCCACGCCAUAGAAUAUCCUCGCCGCUCUGAGGUAUGGACUAGAAUACCUUGCUCCAUCAUUGAGUCCACAUGAUUUUUUGCGAAGGCUCCAUAUCUCUUGCCUCAGGUCACUUAGAGAUUGUCUUGACUGACUACAAGUGUGCCGGCAUGUUUCCCUUUGAA